GGAGAAGUACUAGGAGCUGCAUCUUCCUGGUGUCCUCCUUGCACAGGACGGCACUUCGGCUUGUUUGAAAAGUAGGUUAUUUUCGGAGGUUCACUAAAAACGACAAAUUAUGAAGCUGAUCGUCGAGUACGAUGCGUCGACGAAGUUUUUACUCCUCGCCGAUCCUUCUUGGACGGUGCGGAAACUCCGGCUCGAAAUACAGGGGCAGGUGUAUGGCGUUCUCAAAUGUUACAUUCUCAACUGUUAGAUGAUUUGUCAUGCAAAACGAGCAUCAACGUCCACAAGCUGAAGCUACUUCGCAUGACACAUUUUGGGAGGGCUAAACAGGAUGAGAAUCUGUGCCGAAUUUGUAUUGCAAGAGUUGCAAGAUCCGGCUUUCCCUGUUGCCAUUCUUGCAUCACGCAUUCAUGUAACAGUUGAGAAUGUAACAAUUGAGAAUCCCAUAAGGUCCACCGCCUCUUCCCGGGCGAGAAGCCGCCCCGGAGCUUCUUCCGGCUGCAGAAACACCCGGAAGGCUACUUCGUGCCGGAGACGCUCACGGUGGAAGACUCGUUUGUCGCGGACUCCGUGGUGAAGUGCUGCUUUGACGAGGCGCACAGUCUGGAUCGACGUGUGGACGAGGCCACCGACGAUCGUGAGGUCGUUCUUGCACUUCAGUCAUCAGCGCAAAAGGCCGGGAUAGGCAGACCCACUAAAGUGGAUCUGGACGAGAUCGAGGGGAAGCUGCAGGUGAUCCACAACGCACUGGACUUUACGUCAAAGGAAUCAUCGCUCCUGGACUUCCUCUUUGGCGAUUGCGCGCUCCAGGCACUGCGACAUGGCUCAUCUUCCGGGGUGGGGAAGAAGAAUGAAGAUGAAACACAUCCGCGCGAAGCAGCAGGGGUGCACGAAUUACGCGGGGGUCGCGUCACCGGAAACAUGGCCGGGGCUGCGGUGGAAAUAACUAAUAGCGGAACAGAAAUGGUAGUUGCAAGCACGGCAGAUGAUGGUGUAACUGUACGCAAGGAAGAUCCACAGUAUCGUGCCACAGCUCCGGAGAUGAAACAAGAAGCGACACUUCGGUCCCGAGGAAUUUGUCUGAUUCUCGCGUUGCUGCAUUUCGGCUCAGCUAGCGACGCACGUCUUCAAAUCAGGAUACUGGAGAACAUUCUCGAUUGCGUGGACAGAAUCGGUGAUUUCGAAAAAGGUGCGGCUGCUGCUAUUUCCGUGAGGAUGAUGGAAAUGCUUCUCGACAACGGCCUGCUUUUCGUCCUGCUCAAAAUCCUCUUUCACUCGUGCGGAAGCUUUUCAGAUCUGGCAGAAAGCAAACAGAGUACUAGGGGCAAACAACCACGGGUAGGGACGCAGCAAGAUGUUGAAGACCUUUUCGAAGAUAAAGAAAGUUUACAGUUGAGCUGUAAAAAAGUGGAACUAACCAUGCAGAUUUUCCUGCAAGUCGUCGAAACAACGGGGCAGUUGGAGCAGGAAGCGGCGGAUCGGGAACGGGAAAAGAGGCACGAUUUUGAAACCGAAUCCUACUAUCCGGGGGUUAGGAAUGUUAAAUCUGCUGUUUCAAAAGUGGAAAAAGUGGAUUUCUCCAAGUAUUGGGAGCCCAUUCUGGUCGAGCCGGCCUGUCUGUUCUGGGAACUGCAUGACCUGUACCGGGAAAACCGAUAUGGAUUGCAAAAAUGCCUGGGUCUGGAAGGUUGGAACUUGUCAUGCUAAGUCAGAAUCAUGCAAAAGCAAAAAUCUGUGUUGCAUGAUUACCAAAUGCUGGUGUCCGCUCUUGAUCAAGUUGAGAGGCAGUUUGUCAUGCAGGAUAGGAAUGAUUAUGAUAUGUAGUGAGGUCACGAACGUUCUAUCCUAGCGGUUUUUUUGCCAGGUCUUAUGAAUGCAAAACGACCGGCAGUUUUCAAGCUGCCGGAAGUGUUUUUGGGCAUAAAAAAUUUUCAAUUAUCAAGCGGCCGGGGCUUUGCCAACAAACAAGCCCGGUCGAAAGCUAUCGACUCGCACUUGAUAAAACGACGCAGGGGAGCCGGCAAAAGGGGCGCCCUUCUGAGGCGCCGACCGCCUUAGUUUCUGGCGGUUUCGGGCGCCCAGAAAGGGGCGCCCGAAAAAAUGCCAAGACGAAAAAAGCUGCGAAUCCGCAUGGUAUGGCCGCCAUUUUUGCCGACUUUCCGAGGUCGCAAAGCCGGCCACCAAAAUCGGGCAUUUGUAAUGCGGAGAACAGGCAAAAAAGUGCGACUUUUCAACAAAAGAAAACAAAAAACGCAAAGGCCGCCAAAGUAUGAAAGCCAAUCCGCAUGCUAUGGGCCCGAUUUGGGGCGCCCAGGGGGCCUGCCCUGAUGGAGGCCCAGGCGGGGCCAUAGCGUGCGGAAUAGCGUUUCGAUUCUGGAUGCGGGAGGGGCUCGACUUUUCAACAAGAAAAUCAAAGAACGCAAAUGCCGCCAAAAGGAGCAAGCUAACCCGCAUGCUAUGCGCCCGAUUUGGGGGACCCAUAAGGCCGACCCUGGCGGAGGGCCUUGUGGGGCCAUAGCGUGCGGGAAAACGUCUCUCCUGUGCCCAGAGCAAAAGGACCCGGCGCCGGCCAAGUCAAAAAAACCCGGCGUGACCUCAUUACCCCCGCCCCGGCGGCUAUAUUUGGUGCUAGUGAUCUCACGGAACCUGUCAUGCUAGGUACUCCAUUACAGAUCAUAUGGAUCAUGGAAAACCUGCGUGACAAGUCUAGCAAAGUUCCACACCCAGACAUAUUUGCACUUGAUAUCCGACGGUACUUCGCGCGCGACUACGGCCUCGAGCUCUACGACAAGUUGAAGACGCGACGGCUGUUGAGAGAUAACCCCAGUCUGCGGUUGCUUAGAACUACUAAUGGUACACGCCAGCAGGAGAAGAAAUCCAGUUUGGGUGAAAUGGAUGGGCGGGAAGUUUUCUCGCAGUCGCAGCGACACGACGACACGCGAGCCCGUGGCCCGCCGGUUAAUAGCCCUACUACCGCUGACCUGCAGAGUCACCGUACCCCCGCUGCACAACUCUCACCACCGGGUUUGGCCACAAAAAAUGCUGGUCUGUUUUCGACACCGAUGCUACCAAGUCCACAGGACACAUUCCAAAGCAGCGGUGGACGACUGGAACACCAGCCAGUGCGCAGCCCAAUACUGCAGCGUGCCGCAUCAAAUUCUUCGUCGGCAAGUAUAACGCCUCCAGGGGAACUGCAUAACGAACAACAAGGCUUUGCAGCAGGGCAAGUUACCUUCGGCCGAGAGGAAUUCGCAGGUGAUAGCAUUGAAGCUCUCCGCGGUGGUCGUCCUCCACCAGCGGCCGCCCCAGCGUUGUCCUCCACCCGUGUAGCUGUAGGUACCACAACUUCUAUCCCGACCCCGUUAAUACCGCGAGAAACCGAGUUGGAGGAGAAAGAACAAAACGAAGUCCUGCUGUCUGCGCGCGUCCGUGAUCGAGAGUAUAGCAGCGCGAAUUUGCGAGACGACGUGCGCUUUUUGAUGAUGAAUCUCGGGCUGAAAAACAGCAUCGAUCAUGGCGAACUAGGAGCGGACGGCGGUAAUGGCAAAGAUCUUGAUCUACUACAAUCUGUGGCCGGGACCGAAAAUUCAUUUCCACAGCAACGAUUACAGCUCGUAGACGAGCAAGGAGCAGCAGCAGACCCCAAAGCUGGAGUAGAUAAAGAUCUGCAUUUCUACCGGGAGCGCGCCAAGGAGAUUCUCUUACUCCAGCGGAUUCUCGAGUAUCCGGUUGAGAUGUUGCUGCAGCUCGAUCUUGAACUUUGGACUUUGACCUUCUCCGAACCGCAAGUGUUCGGCGUGCUGGCGCCGUGGCUGGAAAAACUUGCUUUGACGAAGAAUGCGAAACACAAGCUGACGCAAAGCUUGGCGAGUUUUCUCCGCUUUCAGUUCCGCACCUCGGAGGGAAACGUGCUGUUUCUGAGGCAGAUGGCGUUUCUGAAUUCGGAACCGGAGGCGAUGAAGUUUCCCUUCCUGCAAGAGUUGCUCUACCGUGUCUUCCUCGGUUUCCGGGAUCGCAUGCUAUUACUACUCUCCAGUGUGUACGGGUUGUUCUUCGCGAAGCCCUUGCUGCUCGCCUUUCGGGAACUGGUCCGGAAAGACGAGAUUCUGACCCCAGGUGCGGACCAGCACGAGGUGGGCGAGCUGACGCAAACGGUUCUGCGCCGCAUGCGGCUCGAGCCGCAUUUUUUAGACAUCUUGCUCGAGAUUCUGUGUGAGUUGACCCGCAAAGACGUUUUCCGCACGUACUUGACGCGCAAAACCAGCAUCUUCGCGUUUCUCAUUGCGGGACUGGAGGGGAAAGUGGAGGGCGUGUUCGACGAAAAGGACUCCAUUUACGGCGAGGAAGCGCGUUUGUCGUUGCACACGCAAGUACUGCACCGGCACAUCUGCCGGUGCUUAACGCACUUGACGGCGGACCGGGAGACGCGGAGGCUGGCGAAGAAAAGCAAGGUCUUGCGCCACAUGUUAAAGAAAUCCACCGAUCCGACGGUGCUCACGUAUCUAGGUAUGGUGCUUGAGGAAAACAAACUACCAGUCGUGCCGGAUUGA